GCCCGUCAUUCAAAGAGGAAUAAGAAGGACCAGGUCUUUCAGGACCCGCGUGCUAUAGAGUCUGCAUUUUCCCGGCUGCACACAUUCCUCCUGACUAUCGCCCAGUUAUUCCACAAGCCUCCACCUUCACUUUGCCUCCCGGAACCAGGGCUCAGCGUGGCCUCCAGCUCAGACUAGAGCCCCAUGGAUCCGCUGCAGACAUGGGAUCCAAUGUCGGUUUCCAUGCCCUCCCGCAUGGCCACUGUGACACGCUCCCAGGAGUCCUCAGCAGGCUCUCAGCCUUCCUCCUCAGAAAAGCUAAGCAUGGGCCUCAGUGGCCUGAGCCUCUGCCGCAGCUCUGGCUCAGUGGCCUCUGCUCCUCUGUCAGAGGGCCUGCUCCAGCAACAGGCCCGAGAGAAGAAGGCCCUGUGGCAGCAAUACUGGGAAAAGCAGGGCUUUCCUCAGAGGAAGAAAGUCUUCCUGAGACACUCGAGACGCUGGCACCGGGAUCACAUGGCACCUUACCUGCUUGAAAGGGUUGUCAGAGGCUCUCCCUCAGGUGACAGAGCUCAGAAUCAGCUCCAGUGCCAGGGCCACAUGCCGAACAUUGCUGGGUUGACUGGAGACGGGAACAAGGCUCCCAACCCUCCCUCCUGGGAGACGCUGGUACAGGGCCUCAGUGGCCUCACCCUCAGCCUGGGAGCCAACAGACCGAGCCCCCUGCCCGAGGGGCCUGGGGAGCAGCAGGAGCCAGAGCAGAUGCUCCAGCUGGAGAGGCAGCAGGAAAGCAUGAGGAUGUUCCAGAGGAUGCUCAAAUAGAGGAUGGAGGAAGGCUGUGGAGUUGGCUCCCAGAGGAUGGAGGUGAAGACGGAUUCAGACAGUGCAGCAGAGCCAGCUCAGGGGCCCAGUCCCUUCUGAGAUCAAGGCAGUCAGCUGCCUUUGGAUGAGUCCCAACACUUGUUGUCCUAGGAAAGGCUUCAACUUUCCUGUUUAUGCCUUUAAGCAUGCCUUUGUGGGUAUGGUGGUGUGUGUUAGCCAGUACAAAAGGAAACUGGGGACCAGGGAUUUCUGAACCGCCAUCUUGUGAUCCCACACAGAGUUUUCCCUCAUUUUUCGUGGAAUCCAAUGCCCCCCAUCUUCCUGUUAAAAAGCACCAACAUUGUGUGUAUAUGUAGAUAUGUAAAUGUAUAUGUGAUGUAUAUAUAAGACAUAUAUAUGUCUUCUAUAUGCCUUCUUGAUGUCAGUUUAUUGAGUGCCCCAGAAAAGGGCUUACAGAUAUGAUGGGAUGCAUGUUCUGGAUAGCAGAGACAGAUUGAUGUUCAGCUUCUAGAAGUUGAAGCACGGGAAUGCAGGCUUAAAGCAGCUAGCAACCUAAUGCACUGUAUUGGGUAAAAUAUCCAGGGUUUGAACCUACAAGGAACAAGAGAAGAGUCCCUCUUUAGCCAUACCAAAUCCUUCAUCUCUGGCGGAAUUACCCAUGUGUUCAUUCAGCUAUUUCCAUAGCAGAGUCUGACUUGGAAUUUCAUAACUGCAUCACAACCAACCCGCUGCCUCUUCAUCUGCUCAAUAAAAUCAUUUAAAGACAUGCAGCCAGGUCAGGAAAGGCAUAGUCUCAUGGAGAUGAGGAGACAAAGAGAAGAGACGCUCAAGUAUGCAUGCUGGCGUCAGUAUGGACAGUUUGAGGAAUGGCCAAGGACUGUACUGAAGGAAGGUUUAAGUGGCAUCAUUAUAGUGCCAGACGCUGGUAUACAUAUCGUUAUCACCAGAAAUUUGUGAUAAGUGGCGAAUGUUCAUAAGGACUGUCUUCACGAGUCCCAAGUUUUCCAGUAAUGACAGUAUAAACAAUUGUGGCCUGACUAUACACAUAUUAUAGAGUGGAAGUUGGGAGGUCAGUUUGCCCUCAAGUUUGCUCUUACAGGUCAAGGACCAGCAGUGGAAAGUAUUCCAUAGGUUUAUCAGUGGUAGUAUUGGGGAUCUGUGUGUACUCUGUGUCUCUUAGCUGCUAAAGACUCUGAUGGUUCAAGAGAACAGAUGGGAGGGCAGAAUGCACCCCUUGUUGAAUUGACAAGAGGACCAGCCUUUGACCUGCCUGUAUGCCACACAGGUGGGGAGGGCUGGGGCCUUAUUCAAAUGAGGGAGUUGGCCAUGGCUCCACUUGCUGCUUAGCAACCACUGUGCAGUGUCUCAGUGCUAGAGCGAGCUGGUGGAGGUUCAGAAACACAUCUCUGCCAGCCAUUACGGGGUGCCCUGAUUGCUCUGAGUGUGAAGGCAUCCUGUCAGGAUAAACCUUCCUUGUCAUUUGGCCAUGAGAGGCAGAGCCUGUUGUCUUCUAGGCAACAAGGGGAGGCUGUGAGACAUGUCACUCUCUGUGCUCUUUGUGCCCUGACUUCUUGCGCGCCCCCUGAGCUGCAGUCACUGGACAGGGCACCUGUACCUCUGUCUGAGCAGAGGGAUGUGUCAGGGCAGACAAGUGUGUUUCACCUUCCCCAACAUUGAAAUGAUUUGCUUUUUUCAAGUCUGUAGUGUCCUGUGCUUGCAGCAGACGCCGUGAAAUGCCCUGUUCCAAAUGUGAAAACAUGUUCUCUUCUACGACCAACUGCCUCCUGUUGUUAAUGUGGACUGGAAUGUCAUCAUGUGGUUUUGUCAGAGAUCUGGAGAGGUGAAGAAACUGUAGUGGUCUCCACCCUAAUCCAGGAGUCAACUUGUUUGUUCAACACGUUGUGAGUUUUGUAACACACGGUCUAAGCCACACUACUGAUGUGAUAACUUUCCACUACAGUUAAGUUUGCCUUGUUACUUUGCAAUAUUCUUUCCAUGAUACAGCAAUGCUUACUUUUGUCCUUUUCAAUAGUGGAUCUCUUUUAGCAGGUGCUGUGGUUUCUUCCUGUCACAUCUUCCCUACCCGACUCUUCACCUGCCUGACAGUCUUCUUGAUGGCACCUCUUCAUGCCCUGUGACCACGGGCUCCUCGUCAGAAUAUACAUCGGUGAUGUUUCAGAGAGAGAUGACAGAGUAGGAGGAGGUCACUGAACCAUGUGGCCUAAGGGCCACCUCCCUGGAUAGUCAAGUGAGCCACCUCAACCAAUGCCAGGAUCCGCUGUGAUUCUGCUGGCAGGGUGGAUGCAGGAACUUUAGGCAGGAUGGUCCAGGCUCAGCUGCCAGAACCUCUGCCCCACCCCUGGGAAUCUCCAUGCCUUCUAUGGAUAGCAACACUGAGGGCUUGGCCGAGAACUCUGCCCCAGGCAUCUUGGUGGUCCCUGCAGCCUCCCCCAUGCUCCCUGCUUUCCCUGCCGGGUGGUCUUCUGUUCAGACGAGGUAGUCUGAACAUUGUCCUUUACAUUGUCCUCGGUUGUUGGAGUCCCAUUGAUGCAGCCACUUGAGCAUGACUACUGACUCAUCAUCUUCACCUCCUUUAAUUUCAUUUCUUAGUCCCGCUCCAGGGGUUGAGCUGUACAAUUAUACAUGUGUGUUGUAUGAUUGAGUGCCUGCAGGUGUGUGCAAGUGUGGGCAAUCGUGCCUGUGUGGCUGGUGGUCUGAGGCUGACUCUGGAUGUGUUGCUCUAUUCCUUUCCAUCCUGUGUUCUGAGACAGAUCUCUCCCAAGAUCCUGGAAGUCACCAAUGUUGUUUGAUCUGGUAGAUAGUGAGUCCCAGGAAU